AUGGCAUUGAAGACUUCCUCUCCCUGCCACCAAAGGUUGACGCCGCCCGAUAGCCCAGCCAAGGAGUCGACUAUGCCUCCAACUACCUUGAACGACCUGAAAUAUCUCUUUGGUGUGUUUCUUGAGAAGGCGAUGCUCGAUCUUACCAACCAAGAACCUCCAAACACUCCUGCCUCCCAGGACCAGUCCCUAGCAGCCCCCGACAUGAUUCAGCUGAAGCAGUUGCUGGUGAAACUCGCAAGUGAUGAAGGUGCUUCAGUUAGACCCUUCGUGACAACUAAUCCUGCUCAGUCUGGUCUUGCCAACAAUGAACAGGAAGAGGCUGUUCAGGUGGCAGAUGAAAUUGAUCUCAAUCGUCCAAUCUGUACUACGCCAGAUGAUUUCAAAUUGUUUGAGAAAUGGGCAUCAGCAUCCCAAUUCAAAACAGUCGUUGAAACUUGGGACAAAGAGACAUGUAAAUACAAGAUAGCCGAUCCAACCGCCGAGACUCGCACUGAUCUGGACGACUAUGCUGAUUGUGUGUUUGUUGUCCGCGAACGAGAGGUGACGUCCUACAUAGACAUCAAAUCGGAAGGUCUACGUGACAUCCUACGUGUGGUGCUGCACGACAUCAAAGCUAUUAGCCUGAUAGAGGACAAGCCAUCGAUCGAGCAAAACGUCCUUUUCCAUUUCCUCCCGGAGCUCGACAGAUAUGUCGAGAACACGGACAACAUUUCGGAUCAUAACUCGGCACAUACGGAGCAUCUCCGCCUGCUCAUCGACCACCUCAAGCAGGCAUAUGCCUCUAUCUCGCAGCGUCUCGAAUCAAUGCUACAGCACGGUCAUAUUACCUAUGACCUUCUUUGGGCGCUUUUCAAGCCUGGUUGCCAUAUUUAUACUACAUGCAUUAGCACAAAAGAGCCGCGAUAUUUUAACCUCGAAUACCGAUUUCUUAAUUAUAACGGAGUCAAGUUCGGCGAGGCUAGUAUCUUUUUGCGUGUGCUAAAGUUCCGAGGGUCAAAGCCGAUCGCGACUCUUGAGACUUACCCUCUCCGCCACCAUCCAAGGCACGAGCAAGUCCGUAAAGACUUACACUAUAAAGGCAGUACAUUCUUUAUAAACAAGGGGAAGGUCUUUAAAGUUAACAUCAACAGUCGAGUAGCAGUAGACGCCGCAUUUUUUCAUGAAAUACAGCUAAACUACUCUCGACCGUUACUCCGCGACCUAGGGGUUAAGGACAAGGGUAGAAUUGCAGUUUUCGAUAUAGGUACGAUACUUAUAGAGGACCGCGAGCGAGAGAAGGAGAGGAUACAAGGAGACGGUGUGGAUACACAGAAGCUAAGCGAGGCCGAUUUCUUAGUCGCCUGCCCAACAGUAUACUAUUUUAGCUUCAAGGAUAAAAUGUUCUGUGUGUAA